AUGAAUCCAGCCGAGCUGACGCUCACCAUUUCGCCGAACCUCACCAAGGCACUACCGAACAACAUCGCGGCGCAAAAGAGCAACGUUGCACCUUCAAAGACGACCUUGGAGCGCCUGAAUUUGGAACCGAUAUACACGCAAUUGAAGAGCGCGCUUGGAGAACAAUGGGGAGAAUAUCAGGCUGUGCUCAAGCAGUUUGUGCUGGGCUCCCUCAACCAGGCUGAGCUAUCAUGGGUCUUGCAGCCGCUCCUUUCGCCGGCGCAGUCUGUGGUCACAUCUACCGAUUCGAGCAAGUCGCCGUUGUCGACUCUACACCUUCACAAUACGCUUGUGAAUGCGAUCUAUGCAAAUACCCUGCGCGACCCUCCUCCUGCCGAGAUCGCACCGUGGGUUGUCGCAACAGACAAGCCCACUUCCACGUCAAAGAAUGCCGGAGCUGGAUCUGGUGCAAACGACAAGGUGGAAGAGCGGCUGAAACGCGAGGUAAUGUUAUGGGGCCCUCGAGACCGCAAGAGAAUCAAGACUUCCAAUGAGGGAAUGAAACCUGUCAACCAGAGUUUCCAGGAGAUCCGAGACUAUGCGAGUGAGUUGGCUGUCCAGCCGCCUUCUUCGCAAUCGCAGGCACAGACGGAACCGCAGAGUGCGACAGCAACAGCACCGAGUGGAUCUGGCUUGGCAAAGACGAAUUUUGAGAUUGAGAUUCGGCGGAGGUUCGCAAGUACGCUGGCUCAAGAGGCGUUGGAGUUUCCUGCUCUCAAUGAGAUUCAGAGUCGUAUUGAGCCGAUCUCGUACGAGACGGGCUUAUCGGGGGUUCAGCAGGGAUCACUACAAGGCUGCGCGGAACUCAUUGAGCAGGCUACGGAGGUGUACGUCAAGGAGAUGUUGGGGUCACUACUCGCCCAUGCACGCUCCAACGUCCCUGGCGUUGCCAGUAUCCAAACCAACAAGUUCAAACAGAGAUUGCGACAAGAAGAAAUGGACGCUGAGCGAGGUGUCUUGCAACGGAAUGCGGCUGGCCUGCUGCCCGUUGAAAUGGAAAUUCAAGCGAACCGGCAAGCGCUUGACAUGCAAGAUCUUCGACUUGGUCUCAAGCUGGACGACUCAUUCCUCAAGACAGAUCGCUUCUUGGACGAAAGCAUCAUGCUCAGUCAGUACCCUGAUCUACAUCAAAACUCGAAAAUGAAUGGCACGCUCCUGGGGAAUGGACGGCCCUUGACGAAUGGUGUCAGCAGUAAAAUAGAGCGAGCCCCAACAGCAGACGUACCAGAUCUUGACGACACGGACUUUGGUCACUGGAAGGGCACUACGAAGAAAGAUUCGGAUAACCUGAUGAGUACGCUGGAUGAUUGUUUGCUGGCUGUCGGAUAG